AUGGCCGCUUACAGCGCAGGCUACGAAAACUACGAUCCCUAUAUGUCCCGCUCUAUGUCUCGUUCUAUGUCUCGCCGCCAGUCAAUUGGCUACCCAGGAACUCCUUAUUACGGUCAGCAGAGCUACUCGGAAGGCGCAGUGGGCACAGAAUAUCCACAGCCAUAUCAGACAUAUCCGAAUAGUGCUCUUGUACCUCUCAACGACGGAAUAUCAGGAUACGACAUGGAUGAUCCUUACUACGAUGACCGUCAGAUGUCCAUGUCGUACCCCAGUUCAAUGUCUUAUUCAACCUCAGCGGUAAUGCCCAGAUCGCGCCGUCACUCAACAGUAUCAUUUGCCACCCGCCCCCAAGGUCUAGACGCCUACCGGGUGCCCAGUGCCCUUCACCUGAAAUUCAAGCGAAAAGGAUCAUUCAGCUCAGGGAUCGGACUCGACGAAGCGCAGCAACGGAUUCGGCUUUCAGGAAAUGACGCAUAUACGUUCCACGAUCUUCAUGCGGAUAGUCGCGGUCGCAUCCAUCUCAGAGUCAAGUGGACAGGUUACUCUUCACUGACAUACGAAAUCCCGUUGGACGGGUAUGAUGGACGUGUCGAUCUGCAGACUCUGGCCCGGCGUGUCUCGAGAGCCUGUGUUCACUACCUCCAGAAUCAACAGGCGAAUGUUAUUCCUAUUCUCUGGGAUCGCGUCUUGUUGCACCAUUUGGAGGAGAUUUCAUACGGUGUAUGGCAGCCCAUGCUCUCUACACGUUGA